AUGGCGCGUUCUCCUCUAGCGUCCUCGCUUGUGGCAGCACUGCUUGUAACCGCGCUGUUCGCAUCAUGCUCACAGUCUAGACUUGUAUCCAACGGACUGCUCGGGAAUCGCAUCCCGAACCGACCAGCACAAGUCACCAUCACCAUCACUAGUACCGUGUCCGACCUAAAAUCCACGCUGCAAGCGCAAGUCAAUUUAUUAGAAGGGGCGCUGACGCAAUCGCUCAACAAGCUUGCAACCGCGUUGAACGACAACGCAUCCGCGGCGACAUUGGCGCUUCAAGCGCAGAUUUUCGCCCUCCAGAGCAGCAUCGACUCUCUAAACGCCCGCAUUGCCAACCUCGACCUUAUUUUAUACCUUAGAAUCACCCGACCCGGCGGCGUUGCUCCCCAAGCGACUCCUGUCGCACUCCAGUCACGCAUCUCGUCCCUAAAAGGCAGCAUCCCCGCUAUUAACAAACGAGCUACAUCGCUCAACACGGACUUGGCGGGCAUCCUCCCCAACCUCCGAGCGUUGCUGAGUCAACGAGUGGCAGCGCUCACUCAGAGGGUUGGUGCACUGAAUCUGGACGUGUCGGCGCUCGCUGCGCAGGUGGACGCGCUGAUCGCCCCGCUGAGUGACGCCCUUGGCGUGGCGGACCUCGUGGCUCUGCUGCCGCACCCAGCAGACAUGCUGCGUGGCGUGCACCAUUCUUGCACCCUCCUUUCUCACUCAAUCCUAUCCCUCAUUCUUUUCUACUGCUGCUCACCCCGUCACUGCAGGCAUGCUGCGUGGCGUGCUGACCUCGUGCGAGGUCCUUCUCCCGGUGGGAGCAGCCAACAUUCAGAUCACCAACAUGGGCUCGGCGUAUGCGGUGGCAUGGCGGAGGCACCGCAGGCGGCGGCCAUCUACAGCGGCAACAGCACGUGCGGGCAGGCAGCCCCACCCGUGGCGCUGCAGCUGCCCGGCACGUGGCAGCUGCUGAGCUCCGUGUCGUGGUCGCUGGCCAAUGUGCUCACUGUCGCGCCGGCGGACCUGGCGGAUGUGCUCAGCGCCAUCCAGCCGAGCGCCAGUGGGCAGCUCUACAUUGGCUUCACGGGCAGCAGCAGCAGCUUGUCGGGAAAGCUGGUUGGUGGCAGGCUUUGA